AUGGCGACCACGAGGCUGCACCCGCUGUUAUCAAUCUGGCGGACGAAUCGCCUCAUCGGCUCCAACCGGCUGGGCGGCGCCAAUCGCGGGCGGGGCGGCCCCGUCGUGGCCUAUAAAACCCCAUGGCGGCCAUUCUCAACAAGUUCACAGCUCCAGUUCAAACAAGCCCGCUUCCGACGAGUCGACCCACAAGAAGUCAUGGCCCAAACCGUUCCAGCCACCCAAAAAGCCGCCGUUUUCGAUGAGUUCGGCGGAAAAUUGGACAUCCGUGAGAUCCCCGUUCCUGAGAUUGGCCCGGACGACAUCUUGGUGAAGGUGCAAUAUUCCGGAGUAUGCCAUACUGACUUGCACGUGUGGCUCGGCGACUUCCCUCUCCAGACCAAGGCCCCACCAAUAGUCGGUGGACACGAAGGAGCUGGAGUUGUGGUCAAGGCCGGCUCCAACGUGACCAACUUCAAGAUCGGAGAUCGUGCUGGUAUCAAGGUAGGUACAGCUUCAAAAUGGCAUUUUUAUAUUGGAAACGUCUUCAAAAGGAUAAAAAAAUAAAUUCCUGGAUUAUUUUUUGAAUUUUUUAUUUUGGCCGCAGAAUUUCGCAAUGGGAAUCAUUUUCAAAUUGAUUUUUUUUAUUUUUUAAAUUUUUUUUUGUAAAAUACGAAAUUUUAUUCUGUUUUCAAAAAUUUAAAACAUAAACCUCAAGCUUCGAUAAUUAAAAUUCCAAAAUCUAAAUAAGUUACCUAAUCCUUGAUGUUUUAGUGGAUCAAUGGCUCCUGCUUAUGCUGUGAACAAUGUAAACGUGGUUCCGAGCCCACUUGUGACAAGAUCGUGCUCUCCGGCUUCACCAGAGAUGGAUCUUUCCAACAGUACGCUGCUGUCAAGGCCACUGAAGCCGCUCCAAUCCCAGAUGGCGUCGAUUUGGCCAAUGUUGCUCCAAUUCUUUGCGCUGUAAGUUUUGUAUCCAGUGGUUUACUAUGGUAAUUUUUGUUGUAAAUGAUAUAAAAGUACCUUAUCUUACAAUUUAAAAUAAGUUUAAAUAUAAGGAAGUUUGAUUUUUAGCGAAAAAGAGCUUUAGUAUGUUGUAGUAGGUAUCAAAAUUUCAAUUUUGAAUAAUUACUGACCGUUUUUCAUAAUUUUGAGUAAUAUUUUACUUAUUUUUUCAAUUUUCAGGGUGUUACCGUCUACAAAGCUUUGAAGGAAUCCAACGUCAAAGCCGGAGAAAUCGUAGCCAUCACUGGAGCCGGCGGUGGCCUCGGAUCUCUUUGCAUUCAGUACGCCAAAGCCAUGGGAAUGAUCGUCCUGGCCAUCGAUGCUGGAAACAAGGAAGAGCAUUGCAAAUCCUUGGGAGCUGACCUCUUCAUCGACCCCUUCAAGACCAACGACCUGGUCAGUGCUGUUCAACUUCUGACUGAAGGUGGACCUCACGGUGUCAUCAAUGUUGCCACGGCCGCUCGUGCCAUGGAGGAAUCGGCCAAAUACGUUCGUACUCGCGGUACUGUCGUCCUGGUAGCCCUGCCACGUGAUGCCAAGAUCACCUUGGACGUGUUCUUCACCGUCGUCCGUGCCAUCACCGUGAAGGGAUCGUACGUCGGCACCAGACAAGACACCGACGAGGCUUUGGGCUUCUUUGCUCGCGGCCAAGUCAAGAUCCCAACCGAGGUCGUACCAUUGUCCGAACUUCCCGCCAUCUACGACAGAAUGCAAAAGUACCAGAUCAACGGCCGUGUCGUCCUGGACCUGUGGAAAUGA